AUGCCACAGUGGAUUUGCGGAUCGACAUUCUUCGUAAGAGCAGGUCCGGCUACGGUGGACUUCUUCAAGAAGGUCGCGCUUCUGAUGACUCGUCGCCAGUCUCCAGAUUCAGCAAUAAUGACAUACUUAUGUGGUGCUAAAUUCUACAAAUGCGCCACACUACCACGGUGCAACAGUCAGCAACGAGGAACGGUCAGACCACGCUUGCCGGACACAAUCGAUGUAGACGUAAAAAUGGUAUAUCUACACAUUGCGAACGCAGUAGAUCUUUCGGAGUGGUAA